AUGGCUGCUGUGGCUGUGGCUGUGGUGCUGUGGCUGUGGCUGUGGUGCUGGCUUCUGUGGCUGCUGUGGCUGUGGCUGCUGUGGCUGUUACUGCUGGCUUCUGUGGCUGCUGUGGCUGUGGCUGCUGUGGCUGUGGCUGCAGCGGCGGGGAACGCCCGGAAUGUCGUUGCUGCGGACGAAACGACCGACGCCAUCGAGUGCACCUCCAUCAUGGCGGCCGAGCCUGCAGGUGGGGGGAAGAUAUGGCGCGGCAGCAUAUACAAGCUUGUGUGGCAGGAGCUGGCUGUGUACUGUGCGUGUUACACAGCACUACACAGCACUACACAGCACUACACAGCUUCUCUCUCACACAGAUGGCGCGGCAGCAUAUACAAGCUUGUGUGGCAGGAGCUGACUGUAUACUGUGCGUGUUACACAGCCGUGGCCCUCGUGUAUAGAUUCGCCCUCACCGAGGCCCAGAAGAGGAUAUUCGAGGGCAUCGUGCUGCACAUCGACCAAUACAUCAACCUCAUCCCCAUGGCGUUCGUGUUGGGCUUCUACGUGAGCAUCAUCAUGACGCGAUGGUGGGACCAGUACAUCACCAUCCCCUGGCCUGACUCUCUGGCCGUCUUCGUAUCCUCCAACGUCCACGGCCAGAACGACACAGCGCGCGUGAUGCGGCGGACGCUCAUGCGCUACGUGAACCUCUCCUUCGUCAUCACCAUGAGCAUGAUCAGUCCACGUGUCAAGAAGCGGUUCCCCACCAUGCAGCAUUUGGUGGAGUCAGGUCUCCUGACGGAGCAGGAACUCAUGAUCUUCGAGAUCCUGAACGCCAAAACCGCCAACCCGAAGUACUGGCUGCCCCUGGUGUGGGCAGGAGCCAUCGUGACCAAGGCACGCAAGCAGGGAAGGAUCAGGGACGACUUCGCCCAGAAGACUAUCAUGGAUGAGCUUAACAACUUCAGGAAGGGCUGCCGCCUCCUGCUCAGCUACGACUACGUCAGCGUACCUCUCGUGUACACGCAGGUGGUGACGCUGGCCGUGUACACCUUCUUCAUCAGUACCAUCGUGGGCAGGCAGUUCUUGGACCCGAGUAGAGGCAUUAAGGGGCACAAGGUGGACAUGUAUGUGCCCUGGUUCACGAUCCUGCAGUUCUUCUUCUACAUGGGGUGGUUGAAGGUAGCCGAGUCCCUCAUCAACCCCUUCGGUGAAGACGAUGACGACUUCGAGACUAACUCUCUCGUCGACCGCAACGUCCAGGUAUCCUACCUGAUCGUGGACGAGAUGCACGAGGACCAUCCUGAGCUCAUCAAGGACAUGUACUUCGAGGAGGUGGUACCAGCAGCGCUACCAUACACUGUCGCCAGCGAACAGUACAGGGCCAACCAGGCUAUCAACCACGGGUCGACGGCGGAGCUGAAGGUGCCGGAGCCGCUGCAGGAGAUCAUGGAGCCUAUCAUUGAGGAGAAGUCGCAUAGUGUGGUGGAGACCCUCAUCGGGGGGCUGGUGCAGGAGAAGUACAAGGAGGUCACCGUAAAGGUGGAGCGGAAGGCAUCACAGCCGGACGCCCAGAGCGUCUCCAGCAGGCGGUCGUCUGGUGCAUCGGGCAUCGCCACGCCCGGCAGACGAAGGAAGAGUUUCUUCGCCCGCGUCGCUGAUAAGAUGUCGUCCCCCAAACUGAGCCGAGUGCCCAGCGCGAGCGGCAGCAUCCGCACCAUCAGGAGCCUUAAGAGCGCCAAGAGCCUCACCAGACAACACGACCGUUUGGCCGAGCAGGUGGGCGAGGGGGAGGUGUUGGAAAGGCGGUGA